AUGAAGCAAAAGGUCGUGAUUGAUAUCCCACUUAGCAGUGAUAGGGGCAUAUCAAAGGCAAUGCAGAUUGCUGUAACUAUUAAAGGUGUUACAUCGGUAAAUAUAGAUAAGGGAAAAAGUCAUUUGGUGGUGAUAGGAGAAAGAGUUGAUUCAUUUGAAUUGAUGAAGUCCCUAAAGAAGAGGUUUAAGUGUGCUAGUAUUGUGAGUGUAGAAGAAGUGAAACCUCCCAAUAAAGAAGAAGAAGAAAAGAAGAAGAAGAAGGAAGAAGAAGAAAAGAAGAAGAAAAAACAAGAGGAAGAAGAAAAAGAAAAGUGUUGCAAACCAUGUUAUCCACCAAACCCUCCAUGUGUACAGUACUAUCCUGUAUGCCAACCUGUUUACGAUAAUUAUAACCCAACUUGCUCUAUUUUGUGA